AUGGAGGGACCAGGAAUGAGUUUAUUUCAAGGUACAGCGAGUAUUCAUAUUAAUAAUAGUGCUCAAGAUAGAUUAGAAGAACAAGAAGAAAUUGAGGAUCAGAAACGACGAGCAGAAGAGUUAAAACAUAAGCUAGUGAACGGUUUUGACGACCUGAUAGACGACGAUGAAGCGAGUUCAGUGGACAGUAGCGGAAACUGUACAUUAGAUCAGACUCACAGAAACAGUAAAUCUAAUGCGAGAACAGGCCUACCUACAUACAGUGAAUCAAUAAAUCACCUCAAAGAUGUCUUGCCAAUGUCAAAUUCACAAAAAAUGUAUUGUGAUACUCCAAAAAGCCAUCUUCAACAUAUUAGGCAUCAGGAAGAGCCUGUUAAACUUCAGUAUAGUCCAUAUGGUGCUGGCGAUGCUCAAAACCAUUACUAUCCUCACGAAAGUAGGGAACACUUAAAUGGCUUAAAUAAUUAUGGUGCUGGCCAGGAGUAUAAUAUGAAUUAUGAAAAACUUAAAGUGUUGUAUGAAAGCCGCGUUAAAGAAUUAGAACAAUAUGCAGCACAAAUGAAAAAUCUUGAUAUUGAAAUUGACAGUUUACGAGCCCGUUUAGAAGCAGCCCUACAUGACAAAGACAAAGCAGAGUUCUCGCUGCAAGAGGCGCAUAGUUUACUUGCGUCAAAUAAGCAUAAAACGAUAGAGCUAGAACAGCAGUUAGGCUCAUUGACACAGAAAUUGAUCGAGAGUGAACAAGAUAAGGAGCAACUUCGACUUGAGUUAAGAUCCGCUAGUAUGAGCUUGCAGGAUGUACAACAGAGAUUACAUACGAUGCAGGUGGCUCAUACACAUGAUACUGACGCAUUGUUCAGAGAACAACAAGACAGACAUAGAGAGGAAAUGGACCGCUUACAAAACGAUUUGUUUAAAGCAAAAAGCAGGUUGGACGAAAAGGACAGAGAGAUACAACACCUAGAGAAGAGGUGUAUGGAGCGAGAUAGAGAAAAAGAAGAGAUUCUUAUAGAGAAGGGUGCUACUAUUAAUCGGUUGGCCAGCGAGCUGGAGGCAGCUCAGAGCAGACUUGUCAGUGGUGAGACAGCUCGGCUCAAAGAGAAGGUUAAUCAGCUGACCAGUGAAAGAAAUACAUCUAGGGAACAAGUGAAAGAGCUUGGGUCCAAAUUAGAAAGGACAACACAAGAAUUAGUGCUGUGUCGUAACAAGUUAUCAUCCAGUCAGCGAGAAUAUGAGAACUGGAGGUCGACCCUCAAUCAAAUCCUGCACGACGCUCUGCCAGAUAACAGCUAUACUAUCGGUGAGGCCACUUCUCCAGGAAAACUGGCAACUCUAAAGGAAAUAUUGAGCCGCUACAAGCAGCAGAUUCAAAAAGUAGGGCAACUUCAAGAGGAAAUCAAUAUCAAGGGAAAACGUCUAGAACAGCAUAGAAAACAAGAGUCUGAACUGAGAUCCAAGUUGGAAGAGCAGAAAGGCAUUGAAAUGCAGUUGAAUUCGCGUAUAGCAGUUCUACAGAAUAAACUGGAACUGCUUGGGACCCAUUCUGAUAGCGAACUAGUCGAUACAUAUAGGCAACAGAACGAAAUGCUUAGGAAAGAGACGGAAGAUCUUAGGAGUGAAAUAAAAAAUCUCGAAUUAAAGUACACUGAACUAGAGAUGGAACACGAGAAGGUAAAAAACGAGCGAGGCAGCCGGGCAUCGCUGGUGCAAGAAGCGAAUGCAGAUUUACUAAGAGAAUUGGAAAAGUACAGCGCUCAAAUGAAAGACACACUUAAGGACAACGGAGAAUUGAAGACACUGUACUUGAAGGUGUGUAGUGCUCGAGAUUCAGUUACCAGAGAAUUGAAGGAAGUGCACACGAAUAUGCAAAGAGAAAGAGACGAGUUCAAAACACAAGAGCGAGGGUACAUAGAGAAAAUAGAGAAGGAGAAGAGUCAAGGUGAAAAGUUAGCGGCGGAUUUGAAAAACGCUAAAGAAGAGAUAGACAGAGCUAAUAAGAGAAUAUCAGAGCUGCAGAAGGAGUUUACGGACAAACAGAAGGAGUUUACUGAUAAGUUAAAUAAAUACUUGGAAGAUGAAAAGUGCGCAAUGAGGAAAGAGAUCGAAGGUUGUCUCCAAUGUGAAACUCAACUCAAGCACAUCAAGUGUCUCGAAGAACAACUCAAUAAGUGUAAUGUUAAACUUGCUGCUCACGAAAGCAACGAAGCGCUCAUGAAAGAAUUGAAGGGCAAAGCCGAAUUCUUCCAGAACUACAUAAUGGAGCGAUUCAAGAAGAUCCAAGACCAGCGAAGUGUUUCAACGAAUACCGAUAAUAACGAAGAGUUGAAGAGCGAUUCCAGUACUGAAGAAGUCGUGCACACCGAAGACAGUAUGGCUGCUAAGACGGCACUCCUGAUGAAAGAAAAAGCGAUACGCGAUCAAAUAGCCGAGAAGUUUACGCUAGAAAUGAAAACGGUCGAAAUGAACUGCGCGAGGCGGAUAAAGGAGAUGGAGAACGAACAACUGACGACGAUCACCAAAUUGAAGGAUUUGCUGGAGAGGAAGGCGAAAGAGGUGGACACCCUGAAGGAAUUCAUCGUGUGCGAGCGGGGGAAGGUCACGAAGAUACUGGAAGCUAAGGAGAACGAGAUAUCGGUGAUGAUAAGGGAACACAAUGAGAUGAGGAACGAGUGUCAAAGGAUGAAGGAUGACGUCAUCGAUUGGAGGCACAAGGCGGAGAGGUAUAAGGAGAGAUUGUCCAGAUUGGGUUCUUUGGAAGAUAUAUUAAAGAAAGAAAGAGAAGACAUGAAACAAAAGAGUAGUUCAUGCGUGAAGGAGUGUCAGAGUUUAAGAACGAAACUUGUAGAGUUGCAGUCUCAGUGCGCGCAGUUGGAGCAGAAAUAUAACAAAUUGCAGAGCGAACAUCAAGUCGUAUUGGACAAGUAUAAGAACGCUAAGAAAACUGUGUUUACUUAUAAGAAUUAUAUUUCGAAGAAGGAUGAACAUAUAAACAAAGAAAUAAGCAGGAUACAGGACGAGUACAGGAAGAUAUUCGUGAAAAUGCAGAAGCAGAUUAAUUAUUUGGUAAUCUUGCGUGCGCAGACCGAGCUCGACGAGGAAAAGGCCCAGACUCAAGCGCAGGCGCAUUACGAGCAAUAUGACUGCACAGACAAAAUUAAUAAGCUGAACGAAGAUUUCGCUCGUCUCACCCACUCCGACUUCAAGGAUUCCCCCGAAAUUAACAAGCAGUGA